AUGGGCGGUGUUAUCCCACGGCGAGUCGUGCGCCGCAUCGGCGUGGUAUCGAGAAACGCCGGCACAUCUGCACCAACCAAGGCUAAGCAGACAGAGGAGCCGAUGCUUUCUGUGAGCACCUACGGUUACUUUGGCCUGUUCCCCCGCGAGCCGACUUUUCAAGUGCCCUUCAGUCAGGUUCGCUCCACUGCGCCCUAUAAGGAGGGCAACAAAUUCAUCAAUAUCGCCAUUACCCAGCGUGUUUUCACCUUCUACGUAGAGAAGUACCAGGCAGAAUACAUGCUGCCAGAAUUCUUUGACCAUCUGGAUCGGACUGCUACGGAUUCAAUGCCUCCAAAGAAGAAAUGA